AUGAAGAUGAAAAAGUGCGAAACCGGCUUCGAGGAAGGAAAUGUGAAACGGAGGAAAGGAGACGACGACAUGAUGAUGCAUUUCGUUUGGAAUAUAAUUUUCUACUGUUUGACGAUUCUCACCAUAAAUGUAAUUCCCCGUACCCAAAGUCUCGAUCUAACCGAUAUUGAUGUGCCACAAGUAGUCGAUGUGAAAGAUACCGUAACGUUAUUGUGUAAUUAUAGCAUGGGAAGGGAUAAAUUGCAUUCUGUCAAAUGGUACAAAGAUGGGCAGGAAUUUUAUCGUUAUUCGCCGACAGAAUCGAAACGCACAUUUCCCGUUCUCGGGGUGACAAUUGUGCAUCAACCGCAUGACGAGUGCAACAGACGACAUUGCAGCAUCUCGCUCGGGCAACUGAACUCGUAUUCAACAGGCGUUUACAAGUGCGAGGUGUCUGGAGAUGCGCCCGCCUUUCCCGUCGUUUACGAUUCACGAAAUAUGACAGUUUAUGCACUUCCGAGACUCGAUCCAAUCGUCACGGGACUUGGAACGCGAUACGAAAUCGGAGAUUAUGUCUUUGGGAAUUGCACUUCAGACAUUUCUUAUCCAAAAGCGCAACUUUAUUGGUACAUUAAUGAUGCUCAAGCUUCUCCUGAGAUGCUGUUUCCGCAACGUGAAUCCCGUAUGGACAUCGAUGGGUUCUCGCUCUACUCGAGAAGUUUAAAUUUGAGAUUUCCCGUUGAUAAGAGCAGAUUUUCGGACUCACGCAUCAUCCUAAAGUGCGUGGCGAAGAUUAAGGAGUUUCCGAAAGCGAAUCGGGAGACAACUCACAUGAUAAUCGUGCCUAAGCUGCAAGUGCAGAGAGAGAUGUCUUUGAAUUAUCGGAGUAAAGCUUUCGCUUAA